AGAGAACACGCGCGGCACGAGCGCACACCCCACACACACACACACGCCUCGCGCGGCAGGCAGCGUACGACACCGACGGCGAAGAGAGGAAGAAACGCAGCGCCGAGCCGAACCCCGCAACCGCAACCCACCACUUCCCCGUCGCGAUUUGCAUUGCCCUCCGCCUCGGGCAGGCCCCGAUCCCGCCGCGCCCUACCCCAAGCCCCCCGCGCCGCCGCCGCCGCCACCGCCGGAGAGAUCGCGCCCCCCCAUUCCCACAAUCCCAUCCCUCCGUCCCUCGAGGAGCCGGCCGCCGAGCCCUCCGCGCGGCCGUGGGAUGGGGCGGUGACAGCACCAGUGAGUGGCGUGGGGGGCGGCGGGUGCGGGAGCCGGUGGCGGCGAGCGCAUAUCAUGGUGCAGUGCCUGGACGGGGUGAGGCAGCUGCUCGCGGUCCUGCUCAAGUGCUGCGACGUCGACCUCAAGCAGCCGCGGGGGCUCGAGGAUCCCCAGGUCCUCGCGAGGGAGACCGUCUUCAGCGUCAGCGAGGUCGAGGCGCUCUAUGAGCUGUUCAAGAAGAUCAGCAGCGCCGUCAUCGAUGAUGGGCUGAUUAACAAGGAGGAGUUUCAGUUGGCGCUAUUUAAGACCAGCAAGAAGGAGAGCCUGUUCGCGGAUCGUGUAUUUGAUUUGUUUGACACAAAACACAAUGGAAUUUUAGGAUUUGAAGAAUUUGCUCGUGCUCUCUCAGUAUUUCAUCCUAAUGCUCCCGUUGAUGAAAAAAUUGACUUUUCAUUCCGGCUGUAUGAUCUCAAGCAGCAAGGCUACAUUGAGAGACAAGAGGUUAAGCAGAUGGUUGUUGCGACACUUGCUGAGUCAGGGAUGAAUCUUUCAGAUGAAAUUGUAGAGAGUAUAAUUGACAAGACAUUUGAGGAGGCAGACACAAAGCAUGACGGAAGAAUUGACAAGGAAGAGUGGCGCAGUCUAGUCAUUCGGCAUCCAUCUCUGCUCAAGAACAUGACUCUUCAGUACCUCAAGGACAUUACCACUACAUUUCCAAGCUUUGUCUUUCACUCUCAAGUCGAUGAUAACUGAGAUUCAUGGGAUUAUUUUGACAAGAAACAUCAGAAGAUAUGCUCGUGGGUUUCUGAUAUGGUUUUCAUUUUUUAAUAUUGGGUUGUUGGAUUGGCCGAGAUUGUAGUGCUCCGAAGUAUGUUGCAUACUGGAUUCGAGAACUCGAAUCUUUUUUUCAACCUUUUUUCUUUCAUUUGCAUGUCUGGAUGCGCUUGGAAAAGAUAUGUAGUAUAUGCCCAAUGUUCCCCUUUUUUGAUCUUUUGGCUGGCCCGCAAUCGGAUCCAGUUCUUAGAAUCUUCUGUCUUCUGUACAGGAAUGGAAACAGCGGUUUAAGGAUUUGUAUUGUGCUUGGACUUCUUUUAAGUAGUGGCUCGAGCAGAAAUAUUUUUGGUUGAA